UGGGGAUUAUACAAAUAUAUCAACAAUGUCAACGUAGGCUAUACAAUUCAUCAGCGAGAUGAUGGCGCUUUUAUGAACGGGGGAUAGACGAACACUGUUAUCUACAUAUCUGCCUGUAGGCUCCUUUGUCUUCGUAGAGAAUGUGAAUGGCGAAAGAUGACAUGGCAGAGGUAGAUUCAGCAUCCAGUGGAGCGGAACCCACGCGCGGGCUGGAGAUAGCAUUCCCAUACGAGGAGUAUGAAUGCAAAAUAUGUUACAAUUAUUUCGACCUUGACCGUCGCGCACCCAAGAUUUUAGAAUGCUUGCACACAUUUUGCGAGGAGUGCCUGAACACUAUCCAUCUCCGCGAGGAGCGUCCAUGGCGAAUCAGCUGCCCUAUAUGUCGCCACAGGACGCCCGUGCCGGACUAUCGGAUACAAAACCUGCCCAAUAAUACCAAGGUAACGGAGGAUUUCCCAUUGUACAUUGACUCUGACCCUCUGCCUCAGGAUGCCUUGCCCCUCUACCCUCCUCCGUUGCACCCCGCACUCGUCGCCCUCAGGCGCGAGGAGGCAUCGGGGGCGUCCACGAGCCAAGCUACCCCCUCCACUACCUUGUCCACCGCCACUACCCUCUCCCAGGACUCCGUGCGCUAUGACAGCUGUCAGAGCUGCAAGCGGGUUGCCCUGACUACGGGCUGUGUGUGUGUGAUAUUCUCCUUUCUGUCCAUGCUGGUUCUGCUCUUCAUGGGCCUGAUCUUCGUGCACAGUCACAGCAACCCGCCCUCGCCCGCGGGACCCAUCUGCCUGUCGGUGGCCAGCAUCCUAGCCAUGUUCUCGGUGGUCGUCACGUGGCUGAUCUGCUGGUUAAAAUAUAGACCCGAUCACGAGUCAGGCCGCUCAUCUGGAACGAAUAGGAGGAACGCCUGAUAAUGAAGAUGCUAAUCAUGAUGAUAAUGUGAUGUGUGUGUGAUUAUGUAAAUACUGCUGUAUACUAGCAUAAUGU